AUGAUUGAGGAACUGAUUCAGACUGGAUCGCAGUCUCUGCUUUCUGUUUUCGCCCCUGCGAUUGCCUUUAGUGCAAUCAGUGCCGUUCUUUGGGCUAUCAUCCGCCUUGUCAAGAAUGACCCAAAGAAAGCCCAAUACAAAACGAUCCCCGGUCCAAAAGGUUUAAUACCGUGGAUCGGACCUAUCUUCCAAAUGCCCUCUACCGACGUUUAUAAGAAGUUUGCAGAAUGGCAUGAUGAAUAUGGUCCGAUCUACCAGUUGACGCUGUUUGGCACCAAACACGUCCGAAUCAAUAGCGAAAAGAUGGCUCAAGACAUCCUCGCCAAACGUGGUUCUCACUAUUCGAAUCGUGCUCCUACACCAAACAUUCCUGGCGCUAAGACUGAUGCGGAGUAUCUUCCCCUACUGGAUAAUAAUGAGGCGCUUACAAGGCAUCGAAAAUUCGCCCACGAGUGUCUCGCAAAGACCUACAACUACGACAUGUACGGUUUUACACACGUUGAAAUUAAGAGAAUGAUGUACCUGUUGAAGAGGGAUAACCGAAACUACCCUAGACUUGCUGAAGAGUUCACACAUCGCGUGAGUGCUCGCCUAGCAUGGGAAGAUCCUACCCUCAGCAUUGCCCUGAACAAAAGCUCCUCUGGUCUUUUAUCUGCUAUAUCUCCUUCCGGACAGCUUCCAAACAAAGUUCCGAUCAUCAUGCUGUUGCCAAAUGUUCUUAACCCCUGGUACUGGAGGGAAAAGAAACGCCACGAUGCCCAGCGGGAGUUUUGGGUGGGGGCAAUGCAAGCAGUCAAAGCUAAGAUGGAAGCUGGUAUCGAUGGUCACUCAUGGUCGCGCACGUUUCUCCAGGAGCAAGAGCGUCUCAAGUUCCCGAGCGGAGUUCAGGACGACAAGGAGGGCGCUUUUGCUGUCGGCAUGCUUGCUAUCACAGCAUCAUUACCCAUGUCUUCCCCCAUCCAGACUUACUUCCUGGCAAUGUGUCAUUACCCUCAGUGGCAAAAGAAACUCCAGGAGGAGAUUGACGAAGUCUGCGGUCCUAACCGUCUUCCCACAUGGGCUGAUGCGCCCAAGCUUCCUAUUCUUAGGGCUGUCGGAAAGGAGUUGAUCCGCUGGAGGCCACCCGUACCUACCGGUGUACCUCACGAAGCCGAGAGGGAUGAUGUUUACGAUGGAUAUUUAAUUGAGAAGGGUACACUCGUCCACCCUACAGAAUGGGCACGACGCAGUGAUGAGGCUCUCUAUCCAAACCCUGAAGAGUUCAACCCGGAUCGCUAUUUGAACCCCAAAUAUCCAACGUACAAAGAGCCUCUCACCAAGUACCCCAAUGUUAUCAACCACCAUGUCUUCGGCUAUGGACGUCGCAACUGCAUGGGUAUGGAAAUUGUUGACUACCAAUUGGUCACCAUUAUGGGAUCUUUGGCUUGGGCAUUCAACGUCUCUAAGAAGAAGAACAAGAUCGGAGUGGAUAUCCCAGUACACGUUACUGACUGGACGGACCUGCUCAUUACACGACCGAGGCCCUUCGUGUUUGACAUCAAACCUAGGGACGAGCACAAGGCGAAGUUGGUGGACACCAUGUUUGAGGAGGCUGUGAUGGAGUCUGCUGAUGUUGCUAUCUGA